AUGUCUUCCAAACAGGCCCUCAAUGCCCUUGGUCAUGCCGUUUCAGGCUCCAUUGGGACAGCUAUAUCGACCUCGUCUCUCUACCCGCUCGAUCUGAUAACGACUCGACUCAAAGCGCAGCGCAAGACCGCGGACACUACCGGCGACUACGAUGGAAUCAUUGCCGCCUUCAACGGGAUCGCGGCAAACGAGGGAGGAAUCAAGGCCCUGUACAGCGGUCUAGGGACGAGCGUGGCCAAGUCUGUCGUGGACAGCUUUCUAUUCUUUGGGUUCUACAACUACCUACGUCGACGAGACCGGACGCCCAAAAUUCUCGAGGAACUUGCUAUUGGCGCUAUUGCUGGCGCCUGCGCCCGAGCCCUAACCACUCCCAUCUCCAACGUGGUCACUCGAAAGCAGAUGUUAGGGGACGAGCAGUCGCUUAAGGAGAUUCUGACCGAGAUGAGGCAAGAAGGUGGUCUGCUUGGCUUGUGGUCUGGCUAUUCAGCUACCCUGGUUCUUACACUCAACCCCAGCAUCACUUUCUUUGUCAAUCGGCGACUUGCGGCACGCAUUAUCCCAGCGCUCGAGGAAGAGGAUUUCCCCAUUGCAUGGAUCGCCUUCUUGAUUGCUGCCUCGAGCAAGGCGGUCGCCACCGCCGUCACCUAUCCUUUCCAGACGGGCAAGACACGGCUACAGAUGGCGAGCGGCUCGAUCGACCUGGCAGAGCAGGAUGAGAAGGGACAAGAGGCGAAGUCAAAAACGGAACGGAUCCUGAGAAGGAUGGUUGAGUUCCUGGACCAGAGCAUAUUUGGGGGCUUCGCGCCGAGCUACUCAAGAGCUUCUUCAGCCAUGGCCUAA